AUGUUCAGGCUCCCGAAACAAUCAAAGCCCGACAGGUUCUCACUGAGGAUUGCCAAAAUACUUGAUCCUCUCGCAGUGAUUCCCUGGGGUGGUCUCGCAGUGGGCUAUCUGGGCGUUCCUAUCGUCGUUGAGUACUCUCCUAUCUCAAAGGAAAACUGGUUCGUCGUCCAAGAUGACGAUUUGAAGUCUGCCAUCGAAAAGCUCACGAGCGCAGGAUUCAAGCCCAGCUCUGUCGAUCGCUCCCCUUCACCUGAGGUCAUGGCGCAGCUCUCAAAUCCACAAAAGGUGCUAGACGAAAUAAAUGCCGAAUGGAAACGCUUCGACCAGUCUUGUGCGAUAUUCGACUAUCCACAAGAUGAUCAAACCGAGAAAGAACAAGAGUUACAAGUAAUCCUCCUCCGAGCAUCCUUCGCACGUAUCUCUACUGGAGAUGCCUCUGGCUCUUCGGACAAAAAGGCGAUGAAGCGAUUCGAAACCUCCGGCAAUAUACACUACCCACUAGAACCCGCGCUGGUGGAGAGUUUUGUAAAGGCUGCAAUUGAUGAAGAAAAAGGAAAUGGAUUUACCGAAUGCUUUCGUGCAAUAACCUGCUGGAUUGAAAUGAUGAAUGAAUACCUGGAGGUUAAUAAUGAUAUCCUUGAUGAUUGUCAGGAUGAGCAGGCGGUGGCAUGGUUUAGUCGCAAUUUUGGUCGAAUUCAUGAGGCUAAACACGGUCCUACUGAUCGGCGGAUUUGA